AUGGAGAAAAUUGAGGUCAGUAUUAUUUCCAGAGACGCCAUUAAACCAUCAGCUGCUUCCUCUUCACUACACCCUUACAAGCUUUCCAUCACCGAUCAGUUCACUCCCACAAUGUAUUUCCCAGUUAUAUUCUUCUACCCCAUUACUGACCCUGUCUUCAAUCUUCCUCAAACCUUAACCGACUUGAAAAACACUGUUUCCCAGGCUCUCACUUUGUACUAUCCACUCUCCGGAAGGAUAAAAAACAACCUAUACAUUGAUGAUUUCGAAGCAGGCAUCCCCUACGUUGAGGCCCGAGUGAAUUGUCACAUGAUUGAUUUUCUAAGGCUUCCGAAAAUCGAGUGGCUAAAUGAGUUUGUUCCAAUAGCUCCAUAUCGCAAGGAAACAAUAUCUGAGCUUCUUCCCUUGCUUGGAAUUCAAGUCAACAUUUUCGACUCUGGAAUAGCAAUCGGCGUCUCUUUCUCUCACAAGAUCAACGAUGGCGAAACGGCAAACUGUUUUCUCAAGUCCUGGGUUGCUAUUUUUCGUGGGUAUCGUAACAAAAUCAUACAUCCUAAUCUCUCUCAAGCUGCAUUACUUUUGCCAUCGAGGGAUGACUUGCCUGAAAAGUAUGUAGCUAUGAUGGAAAGGUUGUGGUUUGGCGAGAAAAAAGUUGUUACAAGGAGAUUUGUAUUUGAUGCGAAAGCCAUAUCCGCACUUCAAGAUGAAGGGAAGAGCGAGUACGUGCCCAAACCAUCACGUGUUCAGGCCCUCACUGGUUUUCUCUGGAAACAUCAACUCGCUGCUUCUCGGGCAUUAUCAUCAGGUACUUCAACAAGAUUUUCCUUCGCAUCCCAGGCAGUGAACUUAAGGUCAAAAAUGAACAUGAAAACGACGUUGGACAAUGCCAUUGGUAAUAUCUUUUUGUGGGCUCCGGCACUGCUAGAUCUAAAUGAUACAGCACCAGAGAGCAGUGAUCUUAAGUUGUGUGACUUGGUUAACUUACUCAAUGAAUCUAUCAAAGAAUUUAACAGUGAUUACUUGGAGACUUUGAUGGGUAAAGAGGGAUAUGGAGGCAUGUGUGAUUUGCUAGAUUUCAUGGAAGAGGGGAGUUCUUUUGAACCAGCACCAGAGUUUUAUUCAUUCUCAAGCUGGACUAGAUUUUUUGACCAAGUUGAUUUUGGAUGGGGGAGGCCAUUUUGGGUUGGAGUCUCGGGGAGAGUUGAGACUAAUAAUUUCACAACAUUCGUUGAAACACAAUGCGAUGAUGGAAUUGAAGCGUGGGUGACUCUAGAUGGAAAACAAAUGGCUAUGCUAGAACAAGAUCCACAGUUUUUAGCAUUUGCAUCUCCAAACCCGCGAAUUUCAAUAGCCUCUUCAGUUGGUAUUGAUUAAAUGUUUCCAUUUUGUGGUGAAUAAGGGUUAAAUUAGUUCACCAGCCAAUCAAUAAAGUUUACAAUAAAAUCCAGGGCUUCAUAUUGAUUGAGCUUUUGAUUACUGCAUCAACCUAUUUAAUCAAAGAUUUGUGGAAUUUAUGAGAUAAAUUAAUC